GGCGGGGGAAGAGGAGUGACCGGCAGUCAGCGCAGCCAAUCAGAUCACAGAAUAACAACAACAACAAAGAAAAUGAUAAAAGGUCGGGUUAAAGGCGGGGACGAGGAGCUGCUGGUUCUUCCAGAGAAGCUGGAGAAGAGGCUGCUGCUGUUUCAGCGCGACGGAGUCAAAUUCGCUCUUUCCAGAGCUGGAAGGUGUUUGAUUGGCGACGAGAUGGGGCUUGGAAAGACGGUGCAGGCCAUCUCGGUGGCGUACCUCUACAGAGACGAGUGGCCCCUGCUGAUCGUGGUGCCAUCUUCACUGAAGUACCCGUGGAUCGAGGAGCUGGAGCGCUGGGUUCCCGAGCUCCGGCCUGACGACAUCAACCUGGUGGAGAGCAAAGCUGAUAUCAUGGGGAUCAGCCGGAGCAAGGUGACCGUUCUGGGCUACGGGUUGCUCACCAAUGACGCGCGGUCCCUAGUGGAAGCGCUGAAAACGCAGCGCUUCGGCGUCGUCAUCGUGGACGAGUCGCACUACCUGAAGUCCCGGAACGCAGCGAGGACGAAGAUCCUGGUGCCGCUGAUCCAGAGCGCCAAACGUGCGAUCCUGCUCACAGGAACGCCAGCGCUGGGCAGACCCGAAGAGCUCUUCAUGCAGAUCGAUGCUUUGUAUCCGAGGCGCUUCGGCACAUGGAGCGAGUACGCCAAGAAAUACUGCAAUGCUCACUACAGAUUCUUCGGGAGCAGGCGUCAGUGGGAUUGUCGCGGAGCGUCUCAUCUGGACGAGCUGCACCAGAGGCUCAGCGAGAUCAUGAUCCGCAGACUUAAAGCCGAAGUGCUCACACAGCUGCCGGCCAAAAUCCGCCAGAGAAUCCCUUUCGACCUGCCAAAAGAGGCGGCCAAGGAAGCCAGCUCCAGUCUGGAGAAGUGGGAGAGUUUAAUGCGCUCUGUGGGCUCCGGCGAGUCGGCGAACGAGAACCCGUUUACAGAAGUGAUGGGUCUCAUCACGCAGAUGUACAAGCAGACUGCAAUAGCUAAGGCAGGAGCGGUGAAGGACUACAUAAAGAUGAUGCUGGAGACGGAGCAGCUGAAGUUUCUGGUCUUUGCGCAUCACCUCAGCAUGCUGCAGGCGUGUACCGAGGCUGUGAUUGAGGCCAAGGCCGGUUAUAUCCGAAUCGAUGGCAGCGUUCCUUCUGCAGAGAGGAUCCAGCUGGUCCGCCGCUUCCAGAACGAUCCAGAGACACGGGUGGCUAUUCUGAGCAUACAGGCGGCGGGACAGGGUCUGACCCUGACGGCGGCGUCUCACGUGGUGUUCGCCGAGCUCUACUGGAACCCGGGUCACGUGAAGCAGGCGGAGGACCGAGCGCACCGCAUCGGCCAGACCUCAUCCGUGCACGUGCACUACCUCAUCGCCAAGGGCACUUUCGAUAUGGUCAUGUGGGCCAUGCUGAACAGGAAGGAAACGGUGACGGGCAGCACGCUGAACGGAAGGAAGGAUUACCUGAAAGCGGAGGAAGCGGAUAAGGAGAAAUGGGAUUUUCUGAACUUCGCUCAGGCCUGGACGCCGAGCGACAGCGUCACCGGCGAUGCCGAAGACGUCUUCUUCUCACACUUUGAGAAAGACAAACAGCACGACAUCCGCGCCUUUUUCUCUCCCGCCUCGGACAAAAAGAGGAAGAGAACGGACGAGUCGUCCGUCACCGGCUCUCCUCAGACACCUUCACGAGACCAGCAGGGAACCGAUGAAAGCCCCCGUAGCCGCAGCCCUGAUUUAGGCAAUCAGGAGGAGGAUUUCUGUCCCCAGGUGAAACGUUUGAAACAGGCUACUCCAUUGUCUCGCCGCGGGGGGAAAUGCAGUCCCAUGAUGCCUCUCGGUGCACCACGCAGGCUCUCGGCAGGACUGCAAACCCCCCACCACAGCCAGAAGUGGAGCUGCCCGGUCUGUACUUUCUCCAACAGCGGCCUGCUGCUGCGCUGCGAAAUGUGCGAGACGCCGCGAGCUCAGAGAGGACGUUUCAUUAUGCGAGCUGUAUUUGAAGAAAGUUUCACGUUUGACACUCGCAGCCCCUCUGCGUCUCCCUCCCCUUCUGCCUCGCUGCCUGCCUCCAGUCCCUGCAUCGCUCUUUCAGACUCUGAAGAGAUCGACAGCACCCCCAAAACACCGCAGACGGUAAAGAAAGACGGAGAGAAGACCCCGGAACCUCCGGGAACUCCGUCCGACGCUAAUGAUAGCCGCGAGUCUGAGUCGGGAGAUGUCUCUCUGCCUGUGUACGACGGCCUGAAGUUCUGCGCCAGCAAAAACACUGACAGGAUCUACAUUUACAGCAAGGAUGGUAUCUCACUCAACUGCAACUUUGUUCCUCUGGAUAUCAGACUACAGAACUGGGAUGACUUGCCUCCAGAGUUCAGCCGCACUGAGAACCGGAGACACUUGGUGCGUUUUGUGCGUGAGUGGAGCUUUCUGACAGCGAUGAAGCAAAGGAUGGUGAGGAAGAGUGGCAGAGUCUUUCAAAGCCCAGUGCUGCUUGUGGAUGAGCUCACACACACACAGCGCCGACACAGUAGCACCAAGAGGUAUCUCUCUAAGCAGGAAGUGGCUCAGACGUCCCUGAGUGCAGCCCAGAGACAGGGGGGGACCGUACGCUCGAUCAGCAAGGACAACUCUUCCUCCUUGAAGAGAUCUAUUAUGAAACCACCCAGUCAAGCUGAUAAGGAGUCGGAAGCAGACACGGGAUAUUUGCAAGCUCUGGACUCUGGAGGCACGCCACUGUGUUUGUCUUGCCAGAAGCCCAGUGCGGAACACUCAGGCUGGGCAGGAGGAUUCUGUAGUGCCAGCUGCAUGGAGGAGCUGCAGCUGCGCUCCAGCCGAGGCUACGCCCGCUCCCGUGUUCUCGAGACGGAGCAAGGUGUGUGUCAGAGCUGUGGCCUUAAUGCACGCCAGCUGUAUCUGCGGGUCCGAGACGCGCCACACACACACCGCAAAGAGAUACUGGACAACACAUGGCUGGCACAGCUGCCUCUCAAACAGCUGAACGAGAUGAUCCGUCACCCAGUAGAGGGCCACUUCUGGCAGGUGGACCACAUCAAGCCGGUGUACAGUGGAGGAGGACAGUGCCUUCUGGACAACCUGCAGACGCUCUGCGCCGUCUGCCACCGCACGGUACACCACACCAUUAGCUAUCCGUCAUCUAAAUACGGCUCUCUCACUCAAACUACUAUAGAAUCUGGACUGAAAAACAGGACAACCUGCCACCACAUGCGCCAGCCCUGCUGUACGUGUCUGUUUAUACACCUUUCCACAUCAAUACUAUUUCAAGCUGCCUUAAUGAGAUUUAAGAUUCGAUUAUAGAGAAAAGGACCACGCGUAGGCUCUCGGCACCAUCUGUCACCGCGCCGGUACUACAGAACAGCUGUCUGUCCACGUCUGACUCCGAGUACCAUUCGAGUCUGAACGCAGGGAAGGAGGCUGAUUCGCGGACAUAUCAUUCAUCCGAGAGGUGUCUGCGUUAGUCCUUCUGCAUUGCGUAAUUCCUCUGUCAUAGACAUCACUCACGGACGAGCGCUUUCAAACGCUUCCCCCUGUAGGUUACGGAAACGGUAAUUACAGAUAAUAUACUUACAGAUAUCGACUAAACACUUUCCUGGUCGACUUCUGCAGAUCUUUAUUUAUUUAUAUAUUUAUUUAUUUGGUGCGUGAACUAUUGCAGAUCGUUAUAAUUGUUAUAUCAGCGUUACUCGGUCCGUGUUUUCCUCCUAGCGAUAAACUACUACUGUUCCACAGAUAAAAACAAGGAAGGAAGUCACGAGAGAACCAUGGCUUUUAUAUUGUUUCUGAGAUUAGCUGUAAAGAGGCGUAGCGGGACGCUGAGGUUGAGGAUGUUGGACAGCUUGUCCACGACGAGGCCGAUAUCAUAAAAGCAAUAUGAUGUCCACGAAGAUCACGUUUCGGGAAAGAUCUCCGAACUGAAAUACUCGUGGAUUUUUUAUUUAUUUAUUUAUUUAUUUCAAUAUGAUGUCUGUGUCAAGGCAGAACAGUUUAAUUGUGGUGGGAAAACGAUCCUUGAUUGUGCCGUAUGAAAUCCGAUUCCCCCCCGUCUCCAAGCGGAUUACGCAAGAAUCCCUAUUACAGAAACGGGAGAUCGCAGGAUAAAGAUACGUUUACCGUCCACUUUAUUAGGAACACCCGACCCGUAGAGCUGCAUUUCCGUGCCGUUAUCUAAUCACGCAGGUGCAGAUCGAGAGCUUCGGGUAAUGUCCGAGUAAUUCGGAAACUGUCGUUCUCCGACGUGAAGUACAGGCUACGUGAACGCGAGUAAUCAUUCUUUACGAGCACGGCGAGCAGAAAAGCCGUCAAGCUCCGCUCCCGUCAGCCACGACCGGGAAUCCGACGAAUGGACACAGGCCCAGGCGAGACUCUUCCAAUCUUCAGCUGCCCACGGUCAAUAAAUUUAGCUAUUUACUCAAACUUUAGGGUCGUGACACUGUGUCUUCAGUUCUCACACAGAUACAGCAGAGAUUUCAGUAUGGAUCUCUACACGCAGCAGACAUCACGUCUCAUCACGCAGAGAUUAUUCUA